CUUAUAUUUUUCAAUUAUUGAUAGAAUGUCAAUCUCCUGUGGUUAAAUCAAUAACGUAAAGCAGUCAACCCAACGUUUUGUAUUAUUUAAGAAUAUGACUCACGAAAAAUUCAUAGAAAUAUUUUCAUUUUCGUUUUCGUUGUAAAGGAAAUUAGAAUUUAUGUGCAUUAGGCAUAAGUUGUGAGAAUAGAAAGGUACAAAAUGAUUUGGCAGAGAUUAGUGAUAACUACAUUAUUAACUAUAUGUGCAAGAUUAAAUUUGACUACAGGCGGACAUAUUUCUAUACAAAAACCCGGUAAACAGACUGGUGAGAUGUCAUAUGAAUGUGGUAGAAAUGUUACUCUUACUUGUAACUUUAAGAAGUGCACAUUUGCCAUUUUGUGGAUGUGUGCAACCGAUGUUAUACCAAUUGCAAAAUGUAUACAACAUAAAUGUUUUUUAACCCCUGCUUAUAAAGGACAAUACGCGUUUACAUACGAUAUACAGGGCAUCUUCAAUUUGACAGUUAUAGAGAUAACCAAGGAAGACAAUGGAAGAAAGUUGAUUUGUUCAGAUGGUUCUGACAGCGAUUCUGAAGUUAUAAAGGUUACAGACUAUGAGCCUCUUCUUUUUGAAGAUACAAUAAAUGGGACUAUAAGGGCGACAUCGGGCUGUAUAUCUCAAGAGACUGAAGUUUCAUUUAAAUGGAUAAAAAUGUCAGUUAGCAGUGGCAUUGAGGAGGAAAUAACACCAACAAUUCAUGACAAUUAUACAAGAAGGUGUUCGAAUGAUUCUGAUUGCGGGUAUGAUCAGCAAGUACAGUAUACAGAGAUGAUUUCUGCCAAAUCUAGUGACAAUGGGAAAUAUUUUCUGAAAGUUUUAGCGGUAUAUGGGAAUGAAAGCAAAGAGUCAUGCAAUACUGCUUACAAGUACAGUUUUGAAGAACAUGGUAGAAUUUGUUUUACUUAUAGUCAUAAUUUUGUAACUCAAAAGCUGCUCAUUUACUUAAUAAAAUGCUUAAUUUCGAAAUUCACUUAUUACUAUAAUGAACGGAUGCUCGACAUUGUGUCAAUAAUUGGACUAAUUGUUACUGCUGGUUCACUUGUAUUAAUUAUUCUGGUUUCGGUAAAUUUGGUGCUGAAACAACGAGCAAAUAUCAAACUGCUUGCACAACAAGACAAUUCACGAAUAGGAAAAUCAGAAGAAGAAAGAGAAACCACCACCGAUCCACAAAAACGUGUAAAAGAUUUGGAUCAAAAGAGUUCGCCCGAACACGAUACUUCCACCAACCCACUGCUUGCACAACAAGUUUAUUCACGAAUAAAACCAGAAGAAGAAAAAGAAACCACCACCAAUCCACAAAAACGUGUAAAAGAUUUGGAUCAAAAGAGUUCGCCCGAACACGAUACUUCCACCAAACCACUGCUUGCAGAACAAGACAAUUCACGAAUAGGAAAACCAGAAGAAGAAAGAGAAACCACCACCAAUCCGAAUAAAGACAAACUACUACCCAAUGAAAAAGACAUGGAACGUAGUAAAAAAAUAUUCGAAAAUCGUCGUCAUACUCAUUGACGGGAUUUCAAAGUAUUGCUUUAUUAAUUUCAAUGUUUAAUGAUAACAACGCAAGUAUUACAAAUAGCUCAGAUCGACAUCAUUAGAAUUUCAUUUACUUAUAAAAAGAAUACAAAUAAAGAAAAAGAAAAAAAAUGAUCAGCUAAUAUUUGCCCCGAAGCUUGUCCUUGUGAAACUUCAAAUCAUGAACUGGUUAUGUCAAUUAUCAGCAAACGUCGUUAAAUUAUUUCUGUGAUAUUAUUCAAGAUAUCAUCGUUUGUAUUAUUUACCGGCGCCAGUGAUGACAGAUUCAUAGUGAUGGUGUUGGAAGUUAGUAGUGCAGUUGUUGUAAAGUUGGGUGCCAUUUACAACAGUUAUAUAAUCAUUACAUAAUGUUGCACAAUAUUACUCAAGAAGUACAGCAUAUAUAAUCUUCAUAAUUAUAUAUUUGUGAAGAAAAACUUAAACUUAGAUUUAAGUUCAUCAUAUCGAACAUGCUUUGUUUUAUUGACAUUUCAUUCUUAUCAUUCACUAGUUUAACGUUGAUAAUAUGUGUAUUAAAUAACUUUGUAGAACUGAUUGAUACAUUCUUUAACAGUAACUUAUCAUGGCGUAAGGCUCUCUAUAUACAAUAUGUAGAGUUCACUUAUACUAGCGUUUAAAACUUAGUGAGAUACAUGUUAUUGAUUUAGCAUUUAUUAUUGUAUAUAUGUUUAGUUGAUAUUAGUAACUAGUUUUAUUGCUACAAAUAUUUUGUAAAACUUUAUUAUUUAUAAUCAUGGUCAAUGAUGCUGCUGCAAAAUUUUCCAUAAAUCAUAAUCUUUUAGGAUAAUUAGGAAGAUCCUUAAAAUUGGAUAAAAUUCCUUGACCAAUCAGAGUGGUUUUGCAUUUUACUGGUUCCACUAAAGUUCUGUUCCCAGUAGUGUGCAUAAAUACAGGAACUUUACGCAAUUUUCACAUUCUGCUGCUAAUUUUUGAAGAAGUAACAUCUCUAAAAGCUCUUUAAGGUUAGCUGCUUAAUUAUUGAAUAUAUGUUGGCACUUUGGCAUUUAAGCAAACCUUGGAGAUUAUCUAAAUUCAAUGAAAUAUUUUUGAUAAAUUUGUAAGUACACAUGUAAUUUCAAAUUUUGAUAACUCUUUACAGAAUUAAUUUAGAUUAAUUAAUAUCUUUUCUUUGUUAGAAGUGGCAACUAUCUUGAAUUGUUAGAUCUUUAUUUUUGUAAAUAUCGAUUAAAACAGAGCUUGCUACUAUUCAGAUUUAUGGGCUGUCGGCCUUCAGACUUUGUAGAUGCAUUGGUCUUGGCCAGGAGAUGACCCUUAAUAAUUCUGGGGUCAGGGAAACAAAGGUCAAGGUUGCAUUGACCUUGUAUUUCAAAAUGGUUUCUAUCAAUAACUGAACAACCCAUGGAAAUUUGACCUUCAAGCUUUAAAGAUGCAUUGCUUUUGGUCAGAAGAUGACCUCAAUGGAUUGUUUGGCGUUAAGGGGUCAGAGGUCAAGAUCAUAUUGACCUUAUAGGUAACAACGCUUUUGGAUCAAUAUCCCAACUCAUGGGCCCUUUACCUUCAAACUUCACAGGUGCAUUGAUCUUGGCCAGUAGAUUUCCCCUAUUGAUUUAGGGUCAAAGGUCAAUGUCAUAUUGAACUUGUAUGUAAAGACUGUUUCUGACAAAUAACUCAACAACCCAAGUUGCCUUGGUUGAUAUUUUUUUAUUAAACUAACAAUCCUUUUGGUAAUCACAUUUUAAGGUCUUAAGUAAUUUAACAACUUGGCUGUCAUUAAUGAGGCCUACAUAAAUUAUAAAAUUUAUGCAUAUAUUACUUAGUAAGAUUUGAAAUAACUUUGUCAAAAAUUGCUGCAUGCAACCUAUUCGGUCACAAUUACCUAGUGAAUAGUCAUGACCAGUAAUUAACCCUGAUAGAUUGUUUGGUCACUAAGUCAAAAGUCAGUCAUAAUUAACUGAUCACAUGACUAAAUGGCUGCCGAUAGGGGGCAUACAUGUUUUACAAACAUAUCUUGUUUUAUUCAUAAUGCACUUAAUUGCACUUAAUAGAGAAAAUUUGAUUUAUAAUAGACGAUUGUAUAGAUUAGCUAAGAGGAGAGCAAAGACAAAAUAUCAUUUAGCUCAAAAGAAUAAAAUGCAUAAUUUAUCAAAAACUUCUCCGAAAUUGUUUUGGAAGGAAAUAAAAAAGUUUAAAAAGAAAAGUCCCGAUUGUAAAGUGUCGAGUGAAACGUUUUUUUAACCAUUUUAAGAAUUUAUUUAAUAGCCAAAAUGUAUUUUCAAAUGAUGAUGUUGAACAGUGAAUUAAUAGUGAUAAUGUUAUAUUACAACAAGUUGAUAUGCUAGAUAAAGAAAUUACAAUAGAGGAGGUAUCUAACGCUAUUUCUUCGCUAAAUAGGAAUAAAAGUGGUGGUUAUGACUUACUUUUACCAGAAAUAUUUAUUGAAUGUAAUGAUUUAUUAUCUGCAAUUUUAAGUAAAAUUUUUAAUCAUAUUUUCACAAGUGGAUCUUAUCCAACCUCAUCGAAUAAAGCAAUUAUUGUACCUGUCCUGAAAAAAGGGGAUCCCGGUGAAGUAAAUAAUUAUAGGGGUAUUGCGCUUACAAGUAUUUUUUCAAAAUUUUUCUCAGUAAUCCUAGAUAAUAGACUUCGAAAAUGGUCAGAGGUCAAUAAUUUAUUAACAGAUAAUCAUUAUGGAUUUAGGAAUAGUAGAAGUACUAUUGACUGCAUAUUUGUACUAAAUUUUAUUAUUGAUAAGAUAAUUAAACGUGAUAAAAAGAAAUUGUAUACUGCAUUUGUAGAUUUUCGCAAGGCAUUUGAUUUAACAUAUAGAAAUGGUAUUUGGUUCAAAUUAAUUGACACUGGUGUCUCAGGUAAAAUGUUAAAAAUUCUAAGAAGCAUGUAUGAGGGUGUGAAAUUAUGUGUACGUAAUAAUGGCUCACUAAUUGACUUUUUUGAUAGUUACAUGGGCUUGAAGCAAGGGGAGCCAUUAUCUCCCUUUUUGUUUAUUAUGUAUAUUAAUGAUAUGCAAGAUCACUUAGCUGACGAUAGUAUAGAUGUUUUUACCAUUGAGGAAUUACAAAUUUAUUUGUUGUUGUUUGCAGAUGAUACUGCUUUAUUUUCUUACUCUGAACAAGGUUUACAAAUUCUACUUAAUAAAUUGUAUAAUUAUUGUAGGAAAUGGGGUAUUGAAGUUAAUUCAGAUAAAACAGUUGUAAUGGUUUUUAGACAAGGUAAUAGACCUUCAAAUAUAUCGCUUAAGUAUGACAAUAAAAUUUUAAAACAAGUUAAAACAUUUACUUAUUUAGGAGUAACGCUAUCAUCUAAUGGAAGUUUUUUUUCAAGCUCAAAAAUCAUUGUCUGUCCAAGCUUUAAAGGCUCUUUAUUCUUUGAACUCACUUUUUGAUAAUGUUAAUUUAGAUAUUGAAGAUAAAUUAAAACUCUUUAAUUCAAUGGUAUUACCAAUUUUAUGUUACGGAUCUGAAAUAUGGGGUUUCCAUAAAUCUCCGGACAUAGAACGUGUAUACUUAAAGUUUCUAAAACAAAUACUUGGUGUUAAACAACAAACAUGCAGUACUGCAGUUUAUUGAGAAUUUGGUGUAUUUCCUUUAUAUGUAGUACGUAAAAUUAGAAUAAUUGAGUUUUGGUAUAAAAUUAAAAAUAUGCCUGACUCAGCUAUGAAUCAAGUUGAAUCAGAGUAUCAUUUUUUGUUAAUAUGUCCUUUUUAUAGAGAAUUACGUUUAACUCUUUUAGAUAAUUAUUAUUACACAUGGCCUAAUAUGAAUAAAUUCAAUAAGCUUAUGUCAACAACCAAAAGAUCUGUUAUAAUAAAACUUGCAAAAUUUGUCUAUCUGGCUUUAAAGAAGAGAAACGAGAGUGUUGUUGUAUAAUGAAAUAUGUAUUUCUUUAAACUUUUUUUCAUAUUUAUGCUGUAUAUUAUUAGAUAUGUUAAAUAUGACAUGUCUUGUAUUGUAUAUGUUUAUGUGUACUUAAAACUGCCCAUCUUUAGUUAAAACAUGAACAUGAAACAUGAAUUAUAUAUUUUCAUACUUUUCAAUAUUAUAUUACUUUUGUUAAUAUAACCGCCAAUUAUGUGUGGCGAAAAACAUGUAUAUAUGUUUAUGCUAAUAAAUACUUUGACUUGA